AUGUCGCUUGCCAGAGCAGGAAGAUUCGCCUGCCUCCGCACGGGCAGGCUCGUCGCCCCCGUCAAUGCGCGUUUUGUGUCCACAGGCACUGGUCGAGGCGACCCUUCCCGCACAUCCAGCACUUCUGAUGCCCCGACUGUUCCUCACACCGAGAGCACCUUGAUCCGCAAGGAGAGCCCUUCUGAGGCUAUGACCCGUCAUCAGCCCGAUUACGAUGCCACCAUUGAUCACGGCACCUCUCAAUUCUCCCCUGUGCCCAAGCGCGUCAUGGAUGGCAGUGAGCCUGGUGCCACUGUUGCUGCCGCUGUUCUGUCCGGCGCUCCCACCGACCUGCAGGCUCGUACUGUCCGGAUCUACCGUCAAGCGAAGCCCGCAACACAGUCCGGAACCUGGCACGGACACCACUGGAGAAUGGAUUGGGAUAUUCUGCAGAGGGGUCAUCGCUGGGAGAACCCCCUCAUGGGCUGGCAAUCCUCUGCCGAUUGCAUGCAGGGUACCCACCUGAACUUCAAGAGCAAGGAGGAUGCCAUUCUGUUCGCCCAGAAGCAGGGAUACGAGUACUUCGUUCAGGAGCCGAAUGAGCGUCGCUUCGUCCCCAAGGCCUACGCUAACAACUUCGUCCACGAACCGAAGAAGCUCAAGUACAUCAAGACUAAAUGA